UUCCCCCUUUUAGAGCUUUUACACGUUUGCGCUGCCUUGCUGCACCUCUUCCUCUUCCUCUUCCUCUCCCCUCUCUCUCUCCUCCAUUGUACCGUACUCCGAAUUCUCCAUUGAAGUGAGUUGCAAGCUUUCUCUCCUCCAUUGAAGCAGCUUAUGAGGAUUUUGUUUAUGUAGUAACCCUUUAAUGUCAGGACUAAGCCAUGAAAAUGGCUCUUUUCUCCCUGGGCUCAGGGCAGCUGCCCCUCCUGUCCUUGCUCAGGGACGAGCCUGAUGCUGGAAGAUAUGCACGGGCCGAAAAAUCGGAUGUUUCUGAUUACUGAUACAUCACCUUUGCCUGUGUUAUUCCUGCUAGAAACAGAAGAAGCUACUAUAAAUUUCAAAUUACCACCGGCAUUGCUUUUAUAAAUGCUGCAUUUGAGGGUUGAAGAUGAAGGAAAAGGGUUCAGCACCUAGUAAUGUGAUUAGUAGAAAUUGGGUUUCGAAACGCAAGCGUAAGAAACUUCCGUAUGGACCAGAUGUAUCUGUUAGGAAGGAUAAAGGGGAGGGAUUGGCGACCAAAUCUGCUCAAGUUUCUUGCUCGACAAAAGACUUGUUGGAUACCGAAACAAAACUUGAACGGGCAAAGGCAAAGAGAAGAGGAAAUGAUGGGUAUUUUUAUGAAUGUGUAAUCUGUGAUCUCGGAGGGAGGUUGCUGUGCUGUGAUAGCUGUCCAAGAACCUACCAUCUUGAAUGCCUUGAUCCGCCUCUUAAGGAUAUUCCAAAUGGGAAGUGGCGGUGUCCCUCCUGUUUGCAGAAAGUUGAUUCAUCAGAUUCUGUCAGCCCCCAAGAUUUCAUGCCAAAACGAUCUAGGACAAUCAAUCUAUCUCAGAAACUAAAGGAUGGCGACAAGCCUUCUGGUACCCUCAAAGUGUCUCAGUUUCUUGGGAGGUCCAUUGGUAAAAAAAGAUCUUCUACCAAAAGAAAAUCGGUUUUAUGUGACAGAAGCCAGUCUCUAAGGAAGCUAGAAUCUUCAAGAACUGAUGGGUCAAGCUGUAGCAAUAUUGGACUUGGUUCUGUGGGUGUUUCCUUGCCAUGUGAAAGUGCAGUUGGUGAAAGGAAACUUCAUACAGCAACCAAGGAUAUUGAAAAGGUAUCUGAGUCAUCAGCAGCUAACAGGAAGUCUAACUGUUUGAUGGAACAUAAAAUGUCCCUUCCUAUGCAUACUAAUUUAGAGCUGAAGAAUAAAACUUCCAGUGGAAGUGAUGAUAUCUCUAACAAUAUUCAGUGCACUGCAAAGAAUACUGCAACUGCAAUAGGGGUUGUUAUUGAUGCUCGGAAAAGAAAACAUAAACCUCAUAAGGGUGGUAACAAGAAAAAAUCUAAAAUAUCUGUUGUGGAGAAUCCUGCAAACAAUGGCCAGAAGAAUAAAUCAAAUUCACAUUUUCCUUCUCCAAAGAUUAAUAAGCCACAGAGAAAACGUCGAUCUGUUCAUCACAGAAUUUCCCUUUCGCAGGAGAAUGCUGUAACAGAAAAGAUAGAAAGUCAGCUAGAGGAGGUAAGUCCUCAGGAAGAAGAAGGUUUGUCAACAAAAGAGGACACCAGGCCUGAUAAGUUACUAUCAUCUGAUGAUAACUCUUUUGAAGAAGCAUUACAAGUUGAUAGAGUCCUGGGAUGUAGAUUGCAGGAAGAUAAAACACCUCCACAUUGUCAAAAUUCUGAGUUAAAGCCAAGUGAUAUAUUGGUAGGUGAACCACAAAAUUCUAAAGAUCGAAUGUGCAACGCAGACCAUAAAGCUGUUUCUGAUCUGGUAGAAGAUUAUCCCGAAAAUCCUUCUGCGGCGCUUUGCCAGACAACUGAGGGGUGUCUUGUCGAUGAUUGUUCAGGAGAUACAUUACAGGUAUAUAAGAGAACUGUGUCUAAGGAUUGCAACCCAGAAAAUAGGGUGGCUGAGGUAGGGAAAGAGUUAGGUUCUAGCAUUGUUACUGGUGAAGAUAAAUGCAAAUCUCAUUUUUCAAAUGAAAAUUCGCAUGUACCUCAAUUGUUAGAAGACCAAACAGUGGCAAGAAAUUCAGUUGUAGAUGAUGGAAAGUACGAAAAAAAGGCCUCAGAGCCAAUUUUGAUGGAAACAAAUUUUGAUGGAGAACAUGUCUCUUAUGAAUUCUUAGUUAAAUGGGUUGGAAAGUCUCAUAUUCAUAAUAGCUGGAUUCCUGAGUCCAGGCUGAAAGGUUUGGCCAAAAGAAAGCUAGAUAACUACAAGACAAAGUAUGGAACUGCUGCUAUGAAUCUCUGUGAGGAAAGAUGGAAACAGCCCCAGCGGGUGAUAGCACUUCGGUCAUCUAAAGGGGGCAGAACUGAAGCUUUUAUUAAAUGGUUGGGCCUCCCUUAUGAUGAAUGCACUUGGGAAAGGACAGAUGAGCCUACAAUCCAAAACUCUUUGCAGUUGAUUGAUCAAUUCAAACGGUUUGAGUGCCAAACACUGGAGAAAGAUGCUGAAAAAGACUCUAUUUCUUGGAAAGGUGGUUUUCAACAAAAUGAGGUUGUCCCUCUAUCUGAGCAGCCUGAGGAACUCAAAGGUGGUUCACUCUUUCCACACCAGCUAGAAGCUUUAAAUUGGUUGCGCAAAUGUUGGCAUAGAUCUAAAAAUGUUAUUCUUGCUGAUGAGAUGGGCCUUGGGAAAACAGUAUCUGCUUGUGCCUUCAUGACAUCCUUAUACUUUGAGUUUAAAGUAAAGCUUCCUUGUCUUGUCUUGGUGCCUCUUUCCACAAUGCCAAACUGGAUGGCAGAGUUCUCGUCAUGGGCUCCAGACUUGAAUGUGGUGGAGUAUCAUGGAAACGUUAAAGGAAGAACUUUAAUUCGUCAAUAUGAGUGGCAUGCAAGAUAUCCAGAUGAUUUGAAUAAGAAAAGUGCAGCCUACAAAUUUAAUGUUCUUCUGACUACUUAUGAGAUGAUUCUUGCUGAUUCCUCUCAUUUACGAGGAAUUCCUUGGGAAGUUCUUAUUGUUGAUGAAGGGCAUCGUCUUAAGAAUUCUAGUAGUAAGCUUUUUAGCUUGCUAAAUUUUUUUUCCUUCCAGCAUCGUGUUCUAUUGACUGGGACCCCUCUUCAAAACAACAUAGGAGAGCUGUACAACUUACUUAACUUUCUGCAUUCAGCUUCAUUCCCUUCUCUGUCAUCAUUUGAGGAAAAAUUUACGGAUCUCUCUGACGCUGACAGGGUGGAGGAACUCAAGAAACUUGUUGCUCCUCAUAUGCUCAGAAGGCUGAAGAAAGAUGCAAUGCAGAAUAUUCCACCUAAGAUUGAAAGAAUGGUCCCUGUUGAGCUGUCUUCUAUUCAGGCUGAAUAUUACCGUGCAAUGUUAACAAAGAACUAUCAGAUCUUAAGGAAUAUUGGGAAGGGAGUUCCUCAGCAAUCAAUGCUUAACAUAGUCAUGCAAUUGCGAAAAGUUUGCAACCAUCCUUAUCUUAUCCCUGGCACAGAACCUGAUACUGGAUCAGUAGAGUUCCUUCACGAAAUGAGGAUAAAGGCUUCAGCUAAGCUAACUGUCUUGCACUCUAUGCUGAAAUUAUUACAUAUAGAAGGCCAUAGAGUUCUGAUAUUUUCGCAGAUGACAAAGCUUCUAGAUAUUCUAGAAGAUUAUCUGAAUGUUGAAUUUGGGUCCAAAUCAUUUGAGAGAGUUGACGGCUCUGUUUCAGUAGCUGAUCGUCAGGCAGCAAUUGCACGCUUCAAUCAGGAUAAAAGUCGAUUUGUAUUCUUGCUGUCAACAAGGUCUUGCGGCCUUGGAAUCAAUUUGGCAACCGCUGACACUGUAAUAAUUUAUGACUCAGAUUUUAAUCCUCAUGCAGACAUUCAAGCAAUGAAUCGUGCUCAUCGAAUCGGACAAUCGAAAAGACUUUUGGUGUAUAGGCUUGUAGUUCGUGCAAGUGUUGAGGAACGUAUCUUGCAGCUAGCAAAGAAAAAGCUAAUGCUGGAUCAGCUUUUUGUAAAUAAGUCUGGAUCUCCAAAGGAGGUGGAAGACAUAUUGCGUUGGGGAACUGAAGAACUAUUUAGUGAUUCUACUGGAAAGAUCAUUGGUGAAAAUGAUAUGAACAAGGACGAAACUGUUCCAGAAACAGAUCAAAGAAGUAAGAGAAGAAUUGGUGGCCUCGGAGAUGUUUACCAAGAUAAAUGUACGGAAGUAAGUAGCAAGAUAAUUUGGGAUGAGAAUGCCAUCUUGAAACUGCUUGACCGUUCGAACCUUCAAUCUGGACCACUAGAUAAUGCUGAAGCAGAUGCAGAAACUGAUGUGCUUGGCUCAGUAAAGCAGUCUGUGGAAUGGGGGGAUGAACCAGUGGAUGAGGAAGGAAAAGUUGAAACACCUAUAGUUAUCACAGAUGAUGCUUCUGCGCCUAGUUCUGAGAAAAAGGAAGAUGUCAGUGUUACAGAAGAAAACGAAUGGGAUAGGCUUCUGCGUGUGAGGUGGGAAAGAUAUCAGUAUGAAGAGGAAGCUUCUCUAGGUAGGGGGAAACGUCUCAGAAAAGCUGUCUCUUAUCGGGAAGCCUUUGCACCUCAUCUUAAUGAAACUUUAAAUGAGACUAGUGCUGAAGAUGACCGAGAACCAGAACCAGAGCCUGAAAGAGAGUACACACCUGCAGGACGUGUUUUCAAGGCAAAGUUUGCUAGGCUUCGUGCUCGGCAAAAAGAUCGGCUUGCUCAGAGAAAAGCACUUGAAGUUCUUUCUCCUGUCUGUCCUGAAUCUGAAUUGCUUUCAAAAUGCCAUCCACAUAAUAUUGAGGACAAGGAAGAAGUGACAAGAUCUGUUGAACUACCAGGAGAAGCAGCUACAUCAUUUGAAUUGGAGGAUAAAAAGUUGAGUGAAAAUGAGGUUCCAAAUAGCUGUAGUGGCACUUCUCAAAUGAAUAGAAAACUACUGAAACAUAAAUUUGACAAUCUUCACAACCCAUUCCCCAAACUCCACGGAAACUCUUCUUUGAAGGUGGUUUCUGGUCAGAGUAUAGGUGCAAAUGUAUCAAAAUCAGCUGCUGCAGACAACCUUUUGCCUGUUCUUGGACUUUGUGCACCAAGUGCUUAUCAUCUUGAGCCAUCUAACAGAAACAUGUCAAGGUCUACAGAAAAAAGACUAGGAAACCAGUCAGAUUUUCUUUCAAGCACAUCUGCUUGUUCUGGAACUUUUACAAAGAAAGACGGAAUGGAACUUGAGACAACAAUGGGCAAUUUAAAACUUCCUGAAGCACCAUCAGAGUUUACACCUCAGUAUUUGAAGAGUCGUUUUCAUGACAAUCAUUUCUCAUUGCCUCUGUGUUCCCCACCCUUCUUUCAGCGUAGAUUUUCAGAUGGUCUAGAGAGCUCAAGUGCCAGUUCGGCUGAUAUUCUGGAGAAAAUGGGAUUGCCCAAAUUGCCUUUCAAUGACAAAGUACUGUCAACAUUUUCCAUUCCACCUGAAACCUUGCAGAGCCCAGCACCUAACUUUUUAGGCGAUUUGUCUCUUGGAGGAAAAGAUGAUGCUGCAAAUAUGCAUCCACCUGCUGCAAUGCCAUUUUUGCCAAGUUUGAAGUUUCCUUUGCAUGACUUCCCUUAUUCUAACAAGGAAGAAUUAGAUAUCUUACCCACACUAAGUCUGGGGCACAAGCCAAAUGCAUAUUCUUCAAUUCCUGAAAAUCACAGGAAGGUUCUUGAGAAUAUAGCUAUGAGGACUGCAGCAGGAACAAGAAACUUACAUAAAAGAAAGUCAAAAGCAGAUGUGUGGUCAGAAGACGAACUUGAUUCCCUUUGGAUAGGAGUUCGUAGGUAUGGACGAGGCAAUUGGGAUGCCAUGCAUAGGGAUCCGAGGCUCAAAUUCUCGAAGUACAAAACUCCAAAUGACUUGGCUUCACGGUGGGUAGCUGAGCAACAAAAGAUAUUGGAUGCUUCUCCUAGCAUGAGAUCUAUUAAGCAUGCGAAAUCUCACAGUUCUACACUAUUCCCAAGGUUUUCUGAUGGAAUGAUGGCACGUGCUUUGCAUGGAAGUAGGCUAGCUGGACCCAUAAAAUUUCAAAGUCACUUGACAGACAUGAAAUUGGGGUUCAGUGAUUUUGUAACAAAUUUUCAUCCCUUUGAACCUUCUAAUUUUUCUGGAUCCCUAGAUGAAACCCAUGCUCUCUUUCAGACAGGUGCUGGAUCAUUUUCGGCCAGGUUCUGUGGAGACCCAUCCAUCACUCCCUCUGAUAUUCAUGGUAAUUCACCAAGUAUACAACUGGAGCCACAAGGUCCUUGUAGUGCCUUUGGUCCCAGAAACCUGACUGUUCUGGGUUUAAAUUCCUCAAAUGGGUAUGCUGUACGGUCUGAAGAUGAAUUAGAUGCACUUACACAUCAAAAGCUUCCUUGCCAGCUAGAUGAUUCAGUAAAAAAUCGUCAUGCUCCCAACAAAGAUGCGUGUAGUAGUAAGACACCAGCUGCCACUUUGUUCCACCAUUCAAACGACGGGUCUCAUCUUUCUGGUUACAAAGGGAAAGAAGUGGCAACAGAGAGCAGUUCUUUGAAGAAUAGGCUACCACAUUGGCUUCAGGAUGCUUUAGGAGCUCCUUCCAAAAUUCUAGAUGGUAAACUUCCACCUACAGUCUCUGCCAUAGCAAAGUCAGUUCGUUUGCUUUAUGCUGAUGAGAAACCUUCCAUUCCACCAUUUGUUGCUCCUGGACCACCUCCUUCUCAGCCGAAGGAUCCUCGGAAGAAUUUGAAGAAAAAGAAAAAACGAAGACAUCACAUGAUUGGGCUACUUCCGACUGAUAUUACAGGCAGUAGCCAGGACAUCCAUGGAAGCUCCUCUGGCGAUAGUCAUGCCUCAAAAUCAGCUCCUAUUCAGUCAUCUUUGCCAAUGCUUCCUUCAAAUGCGGAGCCUAUGAACCUUUCAUCAUCUUUACUUAUGGACCCCAUUAGAAAAGCAAGUUGUGGAUUGGCCCCAUCUCCUGAGGUACUGCAGCUUGUAGCAUCUUGUGGUGGUCUAAGUCCAUGUGUGCUUCAGAACUCGUGUGUUGAGCUUACAAAUCCAUCACCAUCUGUACUUUUGGACCCAAUUGGAAAAGUAAGUAGUACAUUGACCACAUCUUCUGAAGUAUUGCAGCUAGCAGCGUCUUGUGGAAGUCCAGGUCCAUGUGUGCCUCAGAAAUCGUGUGCGGAUCAUAAAAAUCCAUCACCAUUUUCACCUCCGGAUCCCAUUGUAAGAUCAAGUUCUGGAUUGGCCCCUCCCCCGGAAAUGCAGCUAGUAGCAUCUUGUGGAGCUCCAGGUCCAUGUGUGCCUCAAAACUCGAGUUUAGCUCUAGAUUUGGACAUUAUUGAUAACACAAGUUGUAGGCUGCCCCCCUCAACUGAAGUUCCGCAGCUAGUAAUGUCACGUGGAGCUCCAAGUCCUUGUGUGCCUCAAAGCUCAUGUUUAGCCUCCACAUCAAUCCUCAACAAUCAGCAGAACUUGCCCCAAAAACUGGAUCAAGAUGGAACUAAAGAUGCAGUGGUAAAUUCCCUUCCAGGAGUUGUGGACCACUCUGGGAAUUCUAGUAAAACUCAGUCUGAGCUUCCCAAUGUCAACCAGCCAAAUGGUGACGAUGUAUCAUCAGAGAAAACCAUGUCUUAUCAGACAUAACAUCGAAACUUAAAUAUUGAAUCAUUGUAUGUGCAGCAGAACUGAACUUUUGUUGGGAAGUUCAAAACAUGUAAUGUUGUGCCAUACAGUAGGCUUGUUAGGGUGUUUAUUAGCAUCUUUGUAACCGUAGAUGACAAUUGGGGUCAAUUGGCCCCUGUUUAAGUCUUAGGCCCGUAGUUUAUAUUUUGAUCACAGUUUUGUAGUUAAUCAUUGAGGUUGCGAGUGUUAACUUGUAGCCUUAGUACAAGAAUAUAUCUAGGAAAUAUUUUGUAAAGCUUGUGUAUCUGAAAAUGGAAGUAUAUAAAUGUACCCCAUUUAGGGGGCGUUUGGUUCGGUAAA